AUGUUUCCAUUGCGUAUUGGUAGAGUUUCGAGAUUACUAUUCAAUCGCUUCACAACCACUACAUCAUUCGUCGCUGCAACUUCAUUUGUAAUUCCAGCCACUACAACAACAUCAACAACUUCAGUCAAUCAACCAUCUUUGAUCAAUCUACAUCAAUUCGAUACAACAUCACCAUUCAACCAAGCUUAUCAAAUUAGAGCAAUGUCAUCAUAUUCACCAUCCAAGAUUGAGAACGUCAUCAUCAUCGGCUCUGGCCCAGCUGGCCACACUGCCGCUGUCUACGCUGGCAGAGCCCGUUUGGACCCAUUGAUGUUCGAGGGAUUCAUGGCCGGAGGUGUUGCUGCUGGUGGACAGCUGACAACUACUACAGAGAUUGAGAACUUCCCAGGUUUCCCAGGUGAGAUCAGUGGAUCAGAGUUGAUGGACCGCAUGAGAGAGCAGUCGAUCAAGUGUGGCACAAGAAUCGAGACAGAGAACAUUGUCAAGGUCGACUUGAGCGCUCGCCCAUUCAAGGUGUUUAUCGAGGGCAAUCCGGUGCCCCUGCAGACCAAGACCAUCAUUCUCGCCACUGGUGCCACAGCCAAGAGAAUGAACGUGCCAGGCGAGGAUUUGUAUUGGAGCAAGGGUAUCUCUGCCUGCGCCGUCUGCGACGGUGCCCUGCCAAUCUACCGCAACAAGCACUUGGUCGUCGUCGGAGGUGGUGACACUGCCUGCGAGGAGGCCACCUUCCUCACUCAUUAUGCCAGCAACGUCACACUGUUGGUGCGUCGUGAUCAGAUGCGUGCCUCAAAGGUCAUGCAACAGCGUGUGCUCAACAACCCAAAGAUCAAGAUCCUUUGGAACACAGAGGUGAUCAGUGCACACGGCGACGAGAAGGUGCUCGGCUCGCUGACCAUCCAGAACGUCAUCUCCAAGGAGCAAACUGUUAUCGAGGCUAAGGGCUUGUUCUACGCCAUUGGUCACAUCCCAAAUACCGCUUUCCUCGACGGCCAGCUCACUCUCGACGAGACUGGAUACGUCAUCACCGCCGGUCACUCCACACGCACCAAUGUCGAGGGAGUCUUUGCUUGUGGUGAUGUCCAAGACAAGAUCUACCGUCAAGCCAUCACUGCUGCUGGCACUGGUUGCAUGUCUGCCCUCGAGGCCGAGCGUUUCCUCUCCGAGCACGAGGCUGCCCAC